AUGGUCGUUCGCAGACCUGAGUACUUCGAUGGGCAGGUGGAGCCAGGUAUGCCUUUUGCAUUGAUGUUCAAUUCACCUCUGUCGGCUGGAAGUCGUACUGUUUUACCGUGACUGAUUUGUGUUUGCCGCCAGUAUUUUGGCAGUCGAAACAAGUUAAGUCGAAAGCCAAGCUUUCUUCAAUAAUUCUAAGCUUCUAAGGUGAUUUAUAGGCCGACACUAUACUCCGAUAUACGUUUAAGGACCUUUUCUCCCUCUGCUAGUUGGACUAAGUACGAUCAAUAAAAAAUCAGUAUGAUACGUUGAUUUUUCCAUGUUUAUUUCCACCAGAGGCUCCUAUCUUUUGGUGUUCAGUCGACUUUUAAAGCGGGUUUCGGGCGGCUUUUUAGAUUUAACUUCAUAACUUUACUUGGUUAGGUGGAGGUCACGAGAAGAGGAGCGUUUCACAGCUUCUACCUUUCAUUAGACAUUUAAGCGCAAGACAAAAAUGCCGAUAAUUGAUUUGUUGCACGUAUAGCUUACCUCUCGUAAUCUUACAUUAGCUAACAUCCAAAAUGUGCGUUUUUCACCCAUUCUAUGCUGCUGUUUGGGCAAAUGCGACAGGUCUACUUAACUUCUGGGUCCCCCACGCAUUUGACAUGUUGGGCGGGGAGGGCUGAGGAACUCAUGGAUUGCGCGUAACCCUCGAAGCUACUAAAUGCGUUCACAAAAUAUCGUCAAGCGCGGCUCUAGGCGUUCAUUCAGUAUUUGACCGAAAGGGCCACUUCAAUGUGUAUCACAUACAUUAUCCGAUGCUAGUUUGGCAAACUUAAACUUUUGUUGUUCAUUGUCUGGAACUGAUUGAGUUUGCCAAGAAUAUUUACAUGAAAUAUGGUCUGCGCACCAAAAUCCCGUAACGAACACUUCACUUCUGGUGCAAUCAUGAAACAUCACAAGUGUAUUUGAUUGUAACAUCGUACUUUAGGCUUCAAAAAUCAAAGGUCGUUUGAAUUUUAGUUAAUUGUUCCAGCCACCAUUGUACCACUAAAACGGCCUCAAAGCUCGCGUGCUUUUGGUGGAAUAAAAAUUAAAUUUCUAUCACAACAUACUCACUUUCUGCAUUCUAAAACAAUGGAUUUUGAAAUUAUAAGGCAUUUUCGACGUUUUAAAUUUGUUAUAUAGGGUACAGUCAAAUAACUAGACGUCCAAGGUCCACCGGACCGCGGAAUUUAUCAGCAUACGAAAAGGGUAAGAUUAUUUUAGCUCUCUACACAUCCAUGAGUGUUUCCAGACAGUAGAUAUAGACAUAAACAGCCUUUCAAAGCCCAAAACCAAACUGCCCACACACCUACCACAAUCUUUGUAAUAGAACAUGGGCAUUUAUAUGUCGGCUUACUCUAAGCUAAAAGUGCGAUUGUGAAUGUCCCAUCACGCUAUCUACGCAUUUUGUUAAUUGAAGGUAUUUUCUGUAAGAAAAUUACCAAUUAUUCAAACUGGAUAAUUAUCAGCUAGCAACUAAAGAUUAGGUUACCUUGUUGGCAGCAUCCUAUCAAAAGACGAGGUAGUGUUUCUAAUUUUCUAUUUUUAACUUCAUUAGCUUAAAUAAAGAGACCAUGCCAACUUAACCAUUUUUUCCGCUUCUGCGUCCAUCAGAGAAGCCUCCACGUCAUUCUCAAAAGGUGCUCCCCUUCAUAGGUAGGGUCUUUGUUAAAGCAAUUGCUGCCAAAAAGACAGUGUGCUCGCUUGAUCUUAAAAUGAUAUUUACGACCCGUUAUACGACUCACCAACAACUCCGCCAGAAGAUUUGUGAAACUAAGGCGUUAUCAGAUUUGACUGUUUCCUUGCUACAAUAAUGGCACACGAGAACAGUAAACCUACUAUUAGGAUCGGGGAAAUCGCAAAAAAACUUCCGACCAGUUCAAGGUUCAAUUUAUACUCACUUCUAUGAAUGAUAACGUUGGCACAUUUUUCACUCAAUCAUUUAACCCUUAUCUGCGUUAUAAAGUUAAGAGUGACCAAUGUGGUGAAGUAGGAAAUUAGAAGCAUGAAUUGUUGCACCACAAGUGUUGCAUCCUAACUGAUCCAAGCUAAUACUUUGCUCCGUCUGGUUUGAUUUAAGAAAUGAUUUCCGGUGAAGAUCGGAGACAACGUUCACACGCUCACCGAGACCAGGGUGAGUAGCUGUGCCUUCCUAUGCCACUCCCUUUUUGAAGUCUUCUUCUUUUCGUUCUUUAAGUUGUUGUUUAAUAUUUUCCACCUUCCUACGCAGUUUCAAGUACUUUUGUCGUUUUAUAAACGCGUUCCAUUUGUACGCAAGCUCGUCUUCUGUCAGCAAUUGCCCAGAUUCCAUUAGGCAAACAGUACGAGAAAUUAGCACGGCUUUUGCUAUAAUUCUGCUUCCUAGAGUAAACACUUUCUAUUCAGUCGACAGGACUUCCUUAAUUGCUAAGACUAGUAUUCUAAGGAUGAACUCUCUACUUGGUCAGAUGGUCACUUCCUACUUCGAUUUUAUUUGAAAAUUAAGAUUUUAGUCACGGUUCCACUAAAACCUUAUUACUUUUAUUGAAAGCUAUUCGAAAUUAGUUAACGGUUACCCAGGGAAUCCGGCCUGACUUUAACAUGAAUAAAGUGGAAGCGCAGGUUUCGAAAUGUUCAACUACAAUUACACCGUUGCAGAUAUAUGUUUUUUAAAUCCUCUGCAUACAAAUAUGGUAAUCAGAUGAUUCAUUGGUUUCAUAAGAAACCUAUUGCCCUUAUGAAAAUUUAGAUGUCUACGAUGGAGCAAGCAGGCGAAAAGGCGAAGGUUUGUUAAUCCCUUUUCAAGUCAAACAUUAAAUAAAAAUGAUCCUUGACCGAAGGCACAUGGACGUCAAAUUUUUGUCCCUGAAACGAUAGGAUAAGUUUGACCCGAAGUCCACGUCUUACUAAAAAGAUUUUUUAAAAAACUACGCUUCUCAUUUUAGGUUGGGUCAGUGACAGACGUCACCCCGACAGCAGGUCGGCUACACCGACCUUUUGUAAGUCAAAGAAACAGAGAACAUCUCUUAGAAACUAAUUUUCAUCCAUAUAUGAAUAUAAGGCUAAACCAACCGAAACAACCUCACUCACUUCAAGCUAAUUUAAUUUAAACUUUGCCAUACUGUCCCUGAUCUUUAAUAGUUAUAUUAAAUGCACUGCAUGUUUUUAGUUUCUGAGGAAGAAUACUAUGAGAAGCGGCGAGCACAGUCCGUCAACAAGGGUAAAUAUGAUGUUUCUGACGGUAUGAUUAACUCUUCAACCUGAUUUACUGCAUGUUUCUUUUGACUUUUUGCAGAUCGCUCACGUCGACCUAAAAGCACGCCGAAGCCACCUCAGAGUUGUGAGAACAAAUUUGUCAUUCUAGCAUUUACUUGCCAUUUCGAUGGAGACUUCUUUCCUAAUUGUUCCUUACAAUUCCGUUCAAAUAGUCACGCGGAAGUUUCAUAGCAUAGACCCAGCCUGGUCAGCUUAAUACGCUCCGUCAAACUAUUUUCUGUAGGAACUGUUUGGAAUUGUUACAUUUCCUCCCAACUACUCGAGUGCUUAAAUGCGCUCGUUGAGAUUUAUGUAAAAGUUAAUUCCUACGAAUUCCUUUCUAUAGGCUCCUGUGGCAGUUCCAAUGCGACCACCCUUAGUACCUCCUGUAAGUGAGAUUCAUGGAUAGUUACUUUCAACUUAUGCUCGUAGAGACUGCUAAGUUUCCAAAACACUGAUUUAACUGAGGAUUGUAUUAGUUAAUAGAGGUCGCGCCUCUUCUCCUAUUAACUCUAUGUGCACUAUAGAUUGUAUCUUCGUCAAAAUUAAGCGAGUUAAUCUUCGUAUGCUGCGGAAGACCUAUUUAAAUUAAUGUACAUUAAGCGCCGACUUUGGACUGUUUAAUUCAGGCUGCCUUCAAAUCAAUGCGCCAAAUUACUUAAAAAUAACACACGCUGAGCUGUUGCGCUAACUUUUCUGAUAUGCAAUCGGACAAACUCCUCUAAUGACGACACUUUCCCCCACCACAUUUUAAAGACAGAUACAUUAGCCUCUCAUGAGGAAAUAUGUGUUCCUUUUGCAGUCCCUCCUCGAGCUCCCGAGCCGCCGGUGAACAAGAAGGCAAAAGGGGCAAUUGUUAACUGCAAGGCUGAUCCAACAUGUAAGAAGCAUAUCUUACCUUAUUUGGGAGAAAAACAUCCCUUUAAGGGGUAUCUCAGUGGACCCUUUACUGUCUGCAAAUGGCACAUUUUAUAAGUAGAUUAGCUGCAGCCCUAUGCGUCAUAGGCUCCUUUCAACACAGAAAAGGUUUCAGAUUAUCUCCUUAAACGAACCUGCAACUACCUAAUUGUCGGGUGAUUCUGAGUCAUUUAAAUGGACAGCAAAACUUUCCGUGCCCGCGUGUCUACCUCAGGAGCUUUUUUGUUUCUAGAUGUGCAAAAACACGUUUGUCCCGCAGUUUGUGGUCCACCAAAGCAAGUUCGGCUACCGGCUCGUAGCAUGAUAAGCGGUAAGUUAUAUGUUUUCCACCGAAACUGCUCCAUUAUUCGCAUGCUCACAUUUCCAAACGUCCAGCACCAUUUUCAUUGGCCGUAAUCCGCAGCGGCAUUUGAGAAUACUCACUUUAUGGAAACUUCCCCGCUAUGAACCCCAUUCUCUGACUUUCUGCUCAUUUUCCAGAUACCAGCAGGGUCUCGUACCGAAGCCUUUGCGACGACACUUUUGUUGUUAGUAAGUUCCUAUGCUUGCAUUGAUUGUGCAAUUUUAAGAAUUGCUGGGAAAUUCGAUAGAUCCUUUAAAAACUUGACUGAAGGCUCCGUUGACACUCCACAAUAAAUGUCUUUCAGAGCGGGAUCGCACAUUGGACAAAGCUCCAAUUGCCAUCACCGAGGGACCCAAAGCGAGUGAGUGAACUGGCAGAGGUCUUGAGAGUUUACUGUGGCUUUUUAUGCCGUCUCCGCUGGGUACUAUUAUUAACUCAUAAACUUUUCAUAUGUUUUUAUCUUCUCAGACAAAUUCAUACCCCGACCAGGGACGGUCACUAGAAAGGAAUGUUUCCCAUUACGUAAGUAAAAGCGCCUAUUUAAUGAUUUCGUGCCUCAGAUUCACGGCAAGUACGCAGUAUGUGACCCCACUCAGGGAAAAACCAGACCAUCGCCAAAAUGUCCUUGCCUUUUGCACCUGGCCGACCCUUUGGACGGUUUUUCUAGUCAAUCUAUCUAUUGCUAAUCAGGACUGCGAUUGCCACCGGAGGCUUUAAUGUAAAGCAUAAAUUGAUUAUUUUGCAGUUCUCCUGUACGUUUCCGAAAACUUCUUUUGCAUUAUUUAGCUCGGGUAGAUCAAUUUGGCAAUGAAAUGGAUGAAAUAGUGACAAAGCCCAAACGCGGUGUUGACGCGCUGAUUUUUACAAGUGAGUCCGCACCUUUUUUGGGAUCCUGUCAUUUGACAAGCUGGCGCCCUUUUCAGCCACUAUAAAUAGAGAGGUUAUAUCCUUGUAGACUAAUGGUAAGCUAAAAGGAUUAAAAACCGUAUUUUUCAACAAAACCUGGAGAACAAGUGACAAUAUUUUCACCCCUACUGCCGCGUACUGGGGGAAUCAAAAUAUUUUCACCGGGUGAUCCUGUCCUUCGUAACGCCCUUGUCAGUUUAAGGAGUAUGCACCGAACUCUGUUGCUCGAAUGUUUUAGGUGAUGUUGGUUUCUAUAAGCUAAUUGAACGAAUGUGAGGUGUGAAAAGCCUCUGCACAUUAAUCUUUUCAUCUUGCAGACACCUUUUAUGAGCGUGGACUCAUUAAUACGGUGAGAACGUGCUUAUUACUUUCGACUUAAUAUUUAUAAUAAUGAAUUCAUCGCCUCGCGCACUAAAAAGACGUUUUACGUUUUUACUUAAAAUGAAACAGACCACAGUGUGUUUUUCAUUUAUUCCAACACUUGGGUCCACUACUGUUCAAAUCUCUUUCUCUAAUUGUUUGCUUGCUUAUUUACUGCUAUUUACUAUGAUUUAGGAUAAGCCUGCAGAAGCUGAAGAAAGUAAGCUAUGCAUAAAUUUUCUUUUGCUUUUUCUAUUGUUCUUUUAUAAGAGCUAGGCGAGCAUCAUUCUGGUAUAUGUUGUUGA